UAUGGGCAGCAUGCUUCAAGUGACAUGUAUUGCUUUGGUAUUCAGCAUCUUAACUGGCCAAAGCUCCGACUGCAUGGAAAUCAUCGGAGGUCAUGAUGUUAAGGCAUAUUCAAAACCUUAUAUGGUGUCUAUUCAGGUGAACAAUCAGCAUGUAUGUGGAGGAACGUUGAUCCAAACCAAAUGGGUUCUGACUGCAGCAAACUGUGGACUGUUGAUCAAGAAAAAGAAAGCCACGGUGGUUCUUGGAGCUCGUUCACUCCAAAAGAAGGAUAAUAUUGAACAAAUCAUUUCUGUUAAAAGGUUAUCCCCAUACCCUGAAUUCAAAAAUAAAAUAGAAAAUGACAUCAUGCUUUUGGAGUUAGCACAAGCUGCAGAUGUUAAGAAGAAAGGUGUUGAUAUCUUGAAAUUGCCAACUUCAACAAAGGACCCUAAAGCUGGAGUAAAUUGCAGAAUCAUUGGAUGGGGACAAACCAGUCCCAGGGAUAAAAAACAGUCUGAUACUUUGAAAGAGGCAACCAUAUCAGUGAUUGACCGGAAAACCUGUAAUAGUAAAAAAUAUUACAAUGGGAGCCCAGUCAUAACAGACAACAUGAUUUGUGCAGGUGACAAAAAAGGCAGAAAAGAUUCCUGUCUGGGUGAUGCAGGGGGCCCAUUAAUGUGCAAGGUAAAGACCCUGAGCCGGAAGGAGGUCAUUGCUGGAAUUGCUUCCGCUGGAUCUGAUUGCGCGAUUGCUAGACACCCUGGCAUUUAUACCCGGCUAACAGAAAAAUAUUUAACCUGGAUCAAGAAAACAAUUGGAGUUGUAAAUUUUAAUGAAACCUAUGAACAAAUCUGAAUAAAAUAGCUGCACGUUUGUUUGUUGCUACCUAGAUGUAGUUCGCUUGCAUUUGAGUGCAUCAAAGGGAACCAUGCCUGUGAAAAAUAUGAUUUCAAGAUGCCGGUGUUGGACUGGAGUGUACAAAGUUAAAAAUCACACAACACCCGGUUAUAGUUCAACAGGUUUAAUUGGAAGCACUAGCUUUCGGA